AUGGAAACACCAGAAGUACCACAGGAUGCACUUCAGCUUAGCGCUCUUGCUGCACAAAAUGCCACUGCUUCGAGAACAUUAUAUGCACACGCUCCCGAGCGAUCAACCACCAAGCGCCAGAAACUAGACGACGCGUCCGAAGACCCCAUCAUGAAGCGUCGCUUUCGCAACGAAUACGCCGAUGUCGAGACUCUACCGCCGUCAAUCACCGCGAAACUUCCGACCAAGCAGCCUGGAAAAAAGACCAAGGCUGGAGCGCCUGCUCGACCCGCCAUGAAGCUUCUCGAGGGCGCACCUGGGUCAGGCAAAGCUGGAGCAUCCGCAGCCAGGACCGAGAGCACACCGCAAAACAUGAGCCUCACGACAAAGGGAACUCACCAUAUGAUUCAGCCAAAACCCGAAUGGCACGCGCCAUGGAAGUUGAUGAGAGUCAUAUCCGGACAUUUGGGUUGGGUACGCAGUCUGGCUGUCGAGCCUGGAAACAAGUGGUUUGCUAGCGGUGCUGGCGAUCGAACAAUCAAAAUUUGGGACUUGGCGACGGGUGGGUUAAAAUUGACUCUCACGGGACAUAUCAGCACUGUCCGGGGUCUAGCUGUGUCUCCCCGUCACCCAUAUCUCUUCUCUUGCGGUGAAGAUAAGAUGGUCAAGUGCUGGGACUUGGAGACAAACAAGGUUAUUCGUCACUACCACGGCCAUCUGAGUGGUGUCUACACUCUGGCUCUGCAUCCUACGCUUGACGUUCUUGUCACUGGUGGUCGUGAUGGUGUUGCUCGUGUUUGGGACAUGAGGACCAGGAGCAACAUCCAUGUCCUGUCAGGUCACACGCAAACCGUCUCCGAUCUGGUUUGUCAAGAGGCAGAUCCUCAAGUUAUUACCGGAUCGUUAGACUCAACAGUGCGACUUUGGGAUCUCGCGGCCGGAAAGACUAUGGGUGUCCUUACCCACCACAAGAAGGGUGUCCGAGCCCUGGCAACACACCCCUCGGAAUUUACCUUUGCCAGUGGUAGCACGGGCAGCGUCAAGCAAUGGAAGUGCCCUGAGGGUGCUUUCAUGCAGAACUUUGAGGGCCACAAUGCCAUCAUCAAUACCAUGAGCGUCAAUGAACAGAAUGUUUUCUUCACAGGAGGUGAUAACGGUUCGAUGAGCUUCUGGGAUUGGAAGACUGGACAUCGAUUCCAGUCGCUUGACACUACAGCUCAGCCUGGUUCUUUGGAUGCAGAGGCAGGCAUCAUGAGUUCAACAUUUGAUCGCUCUGGACUACGUCUGAUCUGUGGCGAAGCUGAUAAAACAAUCAAAAUCUGGAAGCAGGAUGAGACAGCGACAGAAGAGUCGCACCCUCUUGAAUGGAAGCCAACUCUCGCUCGGAGGAAUUUUUAA